AAACGAAGUACAGUGCAUCGCUAUAAUUCAUUAAUACAUCAUAAAUCGUGAAGCACAGGGUUAUAACGACCACGAUCCACAAAUCAAGCCCUCCAAAAUCACCCAAAUGAGCUCGUACUUUGUAAACUCCUUCUCGGGGCGUUAUCCAAAUGGCCCGGACUAUCAGUUGCUAAAUUAUGGCAGUGGCAGCUCUCUGAGCGGCUCUUACAGGGAUCCCGCUGCCAUGCACACCGGCUCUUACGGCUACAAUUACAAUGGGAUGGACCUCAGCGUCAACCGCUCCUCGGCCUCCUCCAGCCACUUUGGGGCGGUGGGCGAGAGCUCGCGCGCCUUCCCCGCGCCCGCCCAGGAGCCCCGCUUCAGGCCAGCGGCGUCGAGCUGCUCCCUGUCCUCGCCUGAGUCCCUGCCCUGCACCAACGGCGACAGCCACGGCGCCAAGCCCUCUGCCUCGUCCCCCUCCGACCAGGCGACCCCGGCCAGCUCCAGCGCCAAUUUCACCGAAAUAGACGAGGCCAGCGCGUCCUCGGAGCCCGAGGAAGCGGCGAGCCAGCUAAACAGCCCGAGCCUGGCUCGGGCGCAACCAGAGCCCAUGGCCACCUCCACAGCCGCGCCCGAGGGGCAGACUCCGCAGAUAUUCCCCUGGAUGAGGAAGCUUCACAUCAGCCAUGAUAUGACCGGGCCAGACGGAAAAAGGGCCCGGACCGCCUACACCCGCUACCAGACCCUGGAGCUGGAGAAGGAGUUCCACUUCAACCGCUACCUGACGCGGCGGCGGCGCAUCGAGAUCGCCCACGCGCUCUGCCUGUCCGAGCGCCAGAUCAAGAUCUGGUUCCAGAACCGGCGCAUGAAGUGGAAGAAAGAUAACAAACUGAAAAGUAUGAGCCUGGCUACAGCCGGCAGCGCCUUCCAGCCCUGAGCCCUCCGGGAGGAGCCCUGGGCGGCCCAACUGCCCUCGCCGCCCCCAGCCCCAGCCCCUCAGAGCCUCCCCGUGCUGCCGCCGCCCGCUGGGGACUGGUUCCCUGGAGCCUGCCUCGCCCCGGCCUUGUGUUACGAUUUUUCGUUUGGUCUUAGAUCUUCCUGUGGCACUCUCUCUCCUGGACUGGUUAAUCUUGUUAUUAUUGUUAAUAAUAAUGAUAAUUAUUAUCCCCCCCCCCACGCUCCUCGCUCCCCUCCGCUCACCCCAAAUCCACCAGUGUUUCUGAAUGUUCGUGUCUGUGGUUGCACUCCUUCCUCCAGGAAGAAAAGAAACUCGCAUGUUUAAUGUGAACUUUCCCUUCCCCAUCUUGUUCUCCUAACUUAUUUAUAAAAGGACGAUUGCUGUAUUUUGAGUUUCAGCUCGAAACUUCUCUAAGGGGCAGCAGUUAAGGUGGGGCGUUGCCGCAGUGCCGGGGCCCAGCUGAGCUGGCCUCGAGAUGGAGUCCAUGACUGUCUCUUUCUGCCCUCCUCUUCCUCCUCCCUCGCCACUCCCCAGGCCCAAGUCUCUUAGUGGCUUGGGCCUGAGGUUGGAAGGGGCCAGGGAGGACCAAGGGGAUGGUGUUGAGAAGAGGGAAGGUAUAUAGUGAUAUUUGAGUUCCUGCCGCCUGGGUAGGCCCCACAAGGCCUGGUCUGGGAGUGUACGGAAACAAAAAUAAUCUUCAGUGUAAAAUGUUUUGUGUAUUUCUCUGUGAAUCCGUGGGUCUGGCGUAGAGGGCCCAAAGCUUGUAAAUAUGGGGAUAGUCUGGGUCAGACCCAUCUCCUCCCCCCCUACCCAUUUCGCUUCCAAAACAUUUGUAGUGAGCGAGUGGAUACUGUGCUAUGUGUGAAAUCUGUCUCUGCCGGACCUGUCUCAGUGAUUCGCUUUUGAUAUUUGUUUGUAGCUUUCCUUGAAGUCAAAUAAAUGU